AGGCUCCCCACUGAAAGUUCAGUGCACUUCACUCACAGCGAAUCCGAACCCCUUGGGUUUCCGAGAAAUUUCGGGUACCUAUUAAAUCAAUGAAUUUCUUAUUUGACCAAAAAUCACGUUUCCUUCUCCACCACUCUUCCUUCCCAUCUUCCUUGAUUGUUUUUUCUGCUUAGGUUUUUCGCACUGAAUAUUCCAGAUUCAUUUUUUUUUUCCGAUUAUUCUCUGGUGAAAAAAUGAAGGUGGAUACGAACUGUUUCUCGGAGGGGAAUAAUUUUCCGCCGGGAUUCAGAUUCCACCCCACCGACGAGGAGCUCGUGCUUUACUAUCUGAAGAAGAAGAUCUGCCGUCAACGGCACCUUCUAAAUGUGAUCGGCGAGACCGAUGUUUACAAGUGGGAUCCCGAGGAGUUGCCCGAUAUAUCGAAGCUGAAAACUGGUGACAGGCAAUGGUUCUUCUUCAGUCCUAGAGAUAGGAAAUAUCCAAAUGGAGCAAGGUCAAAUCGGGCAACUAGGCAUGGAUAUUGGAAAGCAACUGGGAAAGACCGUGUCAUCUCAUGUAAUUCUCGUGCCGUCGGUUUAAAGAAGACUCUAGUAUUCUAUAGAGGCCGUGCGCCUAGCGGAGAGCGCACGGACUGGGUGAUGCAUGAAUACACCAUGGAUGAGGAGGAGCUGAAAAGAUGCCGUAAUGCAAAGGAAUAUUAUGCGCUGUACAAGGUGUUCAAGAAGAGUGGGCCCGGCCCGAAAAACGGGGAGCAAUAUGGUGCACCGUUCAGGGAAGAAGACUGGGUUGAUGAUGAUGAACCUGUAAAGCCAGCUAAAGAAGUUGUCCCUAUCGAGAAUAAUGCUAAACCAGUUGACUCUCAAAAUCAUUCCUUAUUUGACGAUCUUGAGAGAUUCUUGAAUCAAGUAGCAGAUGACGAGCCCGUACCUAAUCAGCCACUAGGUUUUGAUUUUGACUAUGAGGAGGAAUCUCGGAGUACGUUAGUCGACCAUUCUUCUCGGGGUGUGGAUUUAACAGUAUUCCAACGGUUUACACAGCAACCUAGUUUACAUGGUAGUUUUGACAUGACUCAGUCGGGCACAACGCAGUUACAGUUGUGUGAGGCGCCUGAGGUUUCUUCUUCUGCUCCGGUCAACAAUUUGCAAAAUAUUUAUGUCACUGAAGAGGAUCUUCUUGACGAUUUUCUUGAAAUGGACGAUUUAAAUGGUGGAGAUUUAAACAAUCAGAAUCUUGAUAAUCAGGCGAAUUUCGAGAAUCUGCAGUUUAACGAAUUUGAUGGUUUGACUGAGUUUGAUCUGUACGAAGACGCGCCCUCUUUCCUUUGUGAGGUGGGGCCGGGGCACAUUUCUCAACCUUACAUGGAUAAUUUCGAAAAUGGAAUUAUGAACCCAAUAUCGAGCUCUCAGUUGAACCAUCUCGAGAAUACAAUUACAACAGAAGAUUACCUACUGCAGCAACAAUAUACCAAUGCAGAUGGAAUAAUAAACUAUCAGAUGUGGACAGAUGAGCUAAAUUACAGUGCUGUAACUCCAGGACAAACAAAUCAGGGUCCUUCAUCAACUUCAGGUGUUUUAAAUCAAAAUCAGAAUAAUGGUUUUGUAAAUGAUUAUGCCGGAGAAAAUGAAAAUGGAGGCGGCAAAGGGGAUGAUGGUACAGAGUCGUGGUUCUCCUCGGCUUUGUGGUCAUUUGUGGAGUCUAUACCGACAACACCUGCUUCGGCUUCGGAAAGUGCUUUGGUAAAUAGGGCCUUCGAAAGAGUGUCGAGUUUCAGUAGGGUAAGAUUAAAUGUCAGAAACACGAAUGCUGCUGCAGGUAAUGCAACUGCUAAUUCGAGAAGUUUGGGCAACUCUAGGAAUGGCUUUAUCUUUUUCUUAUUGUCUUUAUUUGGAAUUUUGUGUGCUGUAUUAUGGGUAGUGAUUGGACCCUCUGUGAGAUUGCUGGGUUGACAGUAUUGUACUUAAUAGUUAAUAUUCAAAUGGGAAGUUUUGCACCAGUGCCUUUUGCCUGAAGUUAUUUCAGGCAA